AAAUAUUUCAUUAGUGAAUUGAGAGAUAGAAGAAGGUUUAAAGCUGUGAAAAAUGCUUGAAUAAUUGUUAACUAGGUUAAGAGCAUGUCUUGAUUGUCUAGGUGGUGUAGUUGGAUGUCACAUUAUUCUCACAUGCUAGAGCUGCCCGAUUCUGUUCUUUUCUCCCCUGCACCGAACAAGAAGCAAGCCACCGACUGCACCACCCAUUUGAGAAAACCGAAUCCCGGAUCUGCUCUGCUCUGUUCUGUUCCUCACCGUCUGCUGCUCUUGCUUUGUGGGUGCGAAUUUCUCUGAUUUUUGGGUAAGAAACAGCCACUAAUUCCUUUUUUCUUCCUCGAAUUGGCUUGGGUUUACCUUAAUGUCUCUUAGUCUCUCCCAAUUUCCGGUAGAUUUCUUGAUUUUUCCUUCCAUGCCCGUCGGCCUCCCUCAAACGCACCAGUCCGACUUUGUUUGCUGAAAAUUCCUGGUAUGUGAUAGCUCCAUUUAAGUCCCAAAUUACCCAUUAGUUGCUGAAUUUUUGUCCGUUAAUUUGUUGCCCGUGAUGUCCAAAAUUCUGCAGAAAAAAAAGGGAUAAAUUCCGGCAGCCUUUGAACAUGUUUUAAGUUUAAUUCAUGUAGAAAAUUAGCUUAUUUUGGCUGCUGUGAUUUUUGGAGAAAACCCCGUGAUUUGCAAUUAUUUUGCCAAAGUUCAGGUUCUCCCUUUUCUGUCCGUGAAUUUGGAAAUUUUGGUAUAUAUGUGUUGUGUAUAAUUAAAUCAAUAAUUCGAAU